CCUCAGGCCAAGCCGGGCCUUCUCACAUACAGUGUGAGUGCAGAUGCUGAUGAGCUGGGGUGGGGGGUGGGGGGCGCCCCAGAUGCCAGCGUGUGGGAGGACGGCCCAGCCCUGGGCAGCAGGAGUCCUCAGCUGCCUUUUCCUGGGAAGGAGGUGGGAGAAGGCUGACCGCUUAGCUCGGCGGAGUGGGAGCCCUCUCCUCCCGUGUCCCUCCCACCCCACCUGCAGGGUGCACACAGGUGAGAGGACAGCUGGCCUCACCCUGAUGCCCUGCAGUGUUUCUCGUGGGUGUGGGCCUGGCCCCGUCUCGGGGCUGAGCGCUCACUCCCCUGGGGCUGUGGCGGCUCUGUGUCAGCAUCUGCACAUUCUAGGUCGGCAUCACGGCUAAGCGGUCCCCACGGCGCUUCCUAAGAAGCUGGACCGACGUGGUCCUGCGAUCGAGUUCCUUCUUGCUGCCCCCCUGGCUGUCUUCCAGCCCGGCGUUCCCACUGCCUGGCUUUCCUCCCGCCUGAGUGACAGGCAGCACUGAGGGGGUGGGGGGCGCGAGGGCUUGCUGCCGUGGCCCAAGCACAUCUGUGUCCCCUGGCUGUCCUCGUGAUGUGGCAUCAGGACACAUCCAGGACAGUGCCAGGAGCUCAGGGCUGCAAAGAGCCUCGGGUGCCUGAGCGCGUGCCCAGGGCCGUGAGGAUCCCUGCUCAGCAGUCAAGAGCCUAAGCAAGGCCCCUCUGUCGCCACGCUCAGGCACCGUCCCACGGCUGGUGACACUCAACCUGGACAGCUUUGGCCCUGCCUCGUCCAAUGAGUCUUGGCCCUUGGAGCCCUGCGGUUUCCUCUCCCAGAGCUUUUCAUGAUCUCACUCUUGAGAAUUUUGUGGGUGGAGUGUCUCCAGGGCCCUCUGCGCUGCCCCCGCGUCCCCAGAGCAGCUGAGGCACUGUCACCACAUGGCCGUGAGAUGGGCAGGCUGGGGCUUUUGCUGGGCGCGGUGCCGCGGGGCCAGCACGGGUCCUGGGGAGCCACGGCCACUGCUGCACCGGCAUCCUGGGUUCUGCGGGGAGUGCCUCCAGCCGUGCCUGCAGGUCCCGUCCCCACUGUGCCCGCUGUGCCGCCUGCCGUUCGACCCCAAGAAGGUGGACAAGGCUGCCCACGUGGAGAAGCAGCUCUCGUCCUACAAGGCGCCCUGCAGGGGCUGCAACAAGAAGGUGACGCUGGCCAAGAUGAGGGUGCACGUUUCCUCCUGCAUGAAGGUCCAGGAGCAAAUGGCCAACUGCCCCAAAUUCGUCCCCGUGGUGCCCACAUCCCAGCCCAUCCCCAGCGCCGUCCCCAACAGGUCCACCUUCACUUGCCCCUACUGUGGCGCCCGAAACCUGGACCAGCAGGAACUGCUGAAGCACUGUGUGGACAACCAUCGCAGCGACCCCAACCGCGUGGUGGGUGGAACCCCGCCCCCCCACCCCGGGACCCAGGGAGGGGGCUGCUCCCGCCCGAGCGCUGCCUCAGCAGGGCCCUCUGUUCCAGGUGUGCCCCAUCUGCUCCGCCAUGCCCUGGGGGGACCCCAGCUACAAGAGCGCCAACUUCCUGCAGCACCUGCUACACCGGCACAAGUUCUCCUACGACACCUUUGUGGAUUACAGCAUCGAUGAGGAAGCGGCCUUCCAGGCGGCCCUGGCCCUGUCUCUCUCCGAGAACUGAAGGCACAGCCCAGCCCCGGGACCUGAGCCCUCCCGCCUCGGGGGACGGGGCCGUGCGGGCUCCCUGAGGCCCAGCGCCUGCGUGGGAGUGGGAGUGCGCCUCGGGGACCAGGCGGGGCCUCCGUUGUCGCAGGAGGGGCGGCCCCCGAGCCCGCCCGGGCCGCGUCCUCACGGGGCGGCCACCAGUGCUCCUGGCCGGGCAUUGCUGGUUUCUUCGGUGCUUCGAGCUGAGCAGGUGGCCCUGGUAGGGCCGGCUCGUUGGGCCUGGGAGCAGUCGACUGUCUGUCUGUCUGUCUCAAAGCCAUGAUGUCCUCCCCGUACGCACGGAGACCCGUCCUGCCCACGCUGCGUCCCGCAGGCCUGGCCGCUGCACGGGAAGCGCGGGAGGGGAGCCCUGGCCGGCAUCUGGCAGCGCUUUCCCUUUGCGCGCACGGUACCGGCUUUUGUGAUACCUGGAGAUUCUGGCCUUUUUCUACGUCACCCAGUGUGAGAACCUUUUCACAUUUUAUAGAACAGCUACUCUACAAACCGCAAUCCCGCGUUUGACCAGGGGCAAUAGUAUUUUUAUGGAACAUUUACAGAAUUAUAUUUUUUAAAAAAAAAAGCAAUCAAAAAUAAACAGUGGUGGGGUCAGUGCAGGGGAGGGAAAGAGGCGGGCAGACCUCGGAGCCCUAGCGCGGCCGCGGGGCUUUGCUGGGGGGCCCGCAGGACCGCAGUGGCCAGGGUCCCUUUCAUAGUCGCCAGGAAGAAGCCCCCAGUGCCCCCCUGGCUGCUCACAGUGCAGGCCUCCUCCGGCCAGGGUCCUGGCCUCGGCCCCGCUGUCACCUUCCCAAGCGGACCACGGACCACGGACCGUGUAGGCCACCCCGGGGGACGACAGGCGGGGCUGGAAGACGCCAUCUCACUCUUUUCGGUUCACGGCAUAAAUUAUUGCUCUUUUAAAAAAAAAACGUAAAUAAAACAUUUCAAAGCA